AUGAGCAAGACUGAAGUGCAAAGUCUUGAUCCUCAACAACGGAUUCUGAUGGAGAACGUUUACCAUGCACUGGAAAAUGCCGGUCUUCCAAUGGAAGAUGUGAUCUCUUCCAACACGUCUGUUUUCGUCAAUGGCUUCAACUACCAUCAUGCAGAUCGUCUCAAUAGCGAUCUGGAAUUGUCCUUCAAGCACAAGCCCACUGGAGCAGAAAGCUCUAUGAUUUCAGGCAGAGUGAGUUGGUUCUACAACUUGCAAGGGGCUAGUCUCACAGUCGAUACUGCCUGCUCGAGCAGUCUGGUGGCUCUGCAUCUCGCACGACAAAGUCUCCUUGCGAAAGAAAGUGAAAUGGCCAUCGUUAGCGGCGUGAGCGUGAUAGGUUAUCCUGCACACUUGAUGAAAAUGUCCCACUCCGGACUCUUGGGGCCUGGGGGCAAGUCAAUGGCUUUUGAUUCUCGAGCGGAUGGGUAUGGGCUUGGUGAGGGUGUUGGAACAAUCAUUCUCAAGCCCCUAUCUGCCGCUAUUCGUGAUGGUGAUACCAUCCGGGCACUCGUCCGGGGUACUGGCCUAGGUCAUGAUGGUCACACUCCUGGCAUAACAUACCCCAGUGCAACAGCGCAGGAAUCAUUGAUUCGAAAAACCUACCUGGCCGCGGGCCUGGAUCCCAAAGACACGGUUUACUCCGAGAGCCAUGGGACUGGCACACAAGCCGGAGACUUGAUUGAAUGCACUGCUAUUGCGGCUGCAUUUGAGACUCAGCAGCGAGAGUCGCCAUUCUACGUUGGUGCUGUUAAGCCCAACCUUGGACAUCUUGAAGGUGGUUCCGGCAUUGCCAGUGUGAUCAAAUCAGUCCUUAUCUUAGAGUCGGGUGUUAUUCCCCCGAAUGCGACGCUGGAGAAGAUCAACCCGAAAAUCUCUCCUGCCUGGAAUCUUCAAUUUCCCACAAGCUGCAUUCCGUGGCCAACCUCCGGCGUCCGCAGAUCCUCCAUCAGCUCUUACGGCAUUAGCGGUACAAAUGCGCAUUGCAUCUUGGAUGAUGCAUAUCAUUAUCUGCGGCAGCGACGAAUCGCAGCUCGGCAUAGAACCAGAGAAACGGUCCCUUCGAACGAGGAAAUACAGUCUCUUGUCGCAAAAAUUUCCGAGCACUACAAGACUGACACCAAAGAGCCCAACUCUGAGGCACCUGCGCCAAACACUAACGGUGUCAGCAUUAAUGGCGCCAACGUUGUUAAGAGCGUGAACGGUGUGAAAGGCCUUAACGGUACAAAUGGCACCAAUGGCGUCAAGGACGUCAAAAGCAGUAACAGUGUUAAUGGAAUAAACGGCACCAAUGGCAUAAACGGCACCAACGCUUUCAAUGGCGUCAAUGGCUCGAACGGCGUAAACGGGGCCAAGAGUAACCACCCGGCCCCCAACAAAAUAUGCCUUCAGGUUCCUGAAUCUCCGAUAAUAUUCAUCCUUUCAGCCUUUGACCAGAAGAGGCUAGAGAAGGUUGUUGCACAUACUAAGGACUAUGUCACAUCCCGGAUUCUGGAUUUCGAGUCUUCCCCCAAGCAAGCUUUGAAUGAUCUUGCAUACAGCCUCUCCGAGAAAAGAUCUCGCCUUCCAUGGAAAAGCUUUGCCUUGUGCAGCUCUGUGCAUGAGCUUCAAGAUAAGCUUCCCAAGCUGCCUUCGAAGGCGAUCAAGUCCCGCUCUGCCUUGAGGAUUGGUUUCGUCUUCACCGGCCAAGGAGCUCAAUAUGCAAAGAUGGGUCAACAACUUCUUGUCUACCCCCUUUUUAGACAGUCUUUGGAAGCGGCUGGCGCUUACUUCAAGUCUCUGGGCAGUGAUUGGUCACUGUUGGAGGAGCUCAAUCGGGAGGCGAAAGAUUCUAAGAUAUCCAAAUCUGCAUUCGCCCAUCCUUUAUCUUGCGCGGUUCAAAUUGCACUGCUCGACCUUUUGCUCAGUUGGGGCGUUGUUCCUCAUCGUGUGGUAGGUCACUCAUCAGGAGAAAUUGCGGCAGCCUACUGUGCCGGUAAAAUUUCGCGAGAGGCAGCAUGGAAAGUGGCCUACUUCCGAGGCCAUGUUCUUCGCCCAGGAGAGUCGAAGCCACCUUUCACUGGAGGUAUGAUUGCUGUGGGCCUUGAUGAAGAACCUUCGCGCCAUCUUCUCAAAAAAGUACACGCAAGAUUCUCCGGUGGCUCGUUGUCUAUCGCUUGUUAUAACAGCCCCCACAACCACACCAUUUCCGGUGACCUUGAUAUGGUGGAUGCUUUGAAGGAAAUGCUCGACGAGCAGGGGGUUUUCAACCGGAAGCUCAAAGUAGAACAUGCCGCUCACUCUGCCCACAUGGAAUAUUUCUCAGCCGAGUACGACGAGCUGCUAGGGGAGCUGCCGUCAAAGCAUCGUUUGAACUUCGAUCAUACAGUGCAGAUGUUUUCCACCCUUACAGGUCGCUUGUUGGAUGAUUCAUGUGCUCCUGGCAAGGCCUCGCACUGGCGUGAUAGUAUGGUGUGCCCUGUCAAGUUCACCGAUGCCCUAUCUUCAAUGUGCUUUGACCCUGUCCCGACUGAUGGCUCCUCCACUCAUAACACAUGGGUGGACGUUAUUCUGGAAGUCGGACCUCAUCCCGCAAUGCAAAGCGCAGCCAAGGAGAUCGUCGGCUCCAAUGCCGACAUACCAUAUUUGGCAACUCUAAAUAGGAAGGAUGAUGGAUUGAAUAGUCUGCUUGAGACGAUAGGAAAUUUGGUCGUCCGUGGUGCACCUAUCAAUCUGAACAAGGUAAAUCGGGCGACAAAUCCCUCACUUGCACCGAAGAUGAUGGUGGAUUUACCUCCCUAUCCUUUCAACCAUGAGGAACAAGCUCUCUACGAGACCCGCUUGAUCAAGAAUACGCGCUUGCGCGAGUUCCCUAGGCAUGAUCUGUUCGGGGCUCCUGUCGCAGAUUGGAACCCCAACAGUCCACGAUGGCGCCAUUUCCUGCGUGUUGCUGAGAACCCAUGGCUGAAGGAGCAUUUGAUCGGCGACAAUUAUGUUUUCCCAGGAGCCGGCUAUGUCGUCAUGGCAGUUGAAGCAAUGCAACAGGUCACAGAUGACUCGGAUAUGAUUGGCGUCCAUCUAAGAGACAUCUUGUUCAAGGCAAUGCUGGUAGUUCCAGACGAUACCCAAGGCGUGGAAGUGUGCCUUUCCUUCUACCCUGUGCCGGAAUCUAAAACCUCUCUCUCAACCACAUGGAGGAGGUUCGAAGUGGCCUCGUACAACCAAGAGACUGAGGAGUGGAUCGAGCAUUGCACUGGUGAAAUCUCACCAAAUUUCAAGAAGUCACUCAAUCCCAUUGAUGGCUCUCGUCAAGAGAAGACCGCCCAGGCUGAAUGGUUGGCAUUUGUGCAGGCCAGAGAGAGCAGCUGCCAAGCGCCGGUUGAUUUGGCCCCUAUCUACAAGCAUCUCAAGGAUAUCGGUAUCAACCACGGAGAUUCCUUCCAGGGCUUGUCCAACGUAACCGUCAGCGACGGCAACCAGGGCUUGAUGACAGGCGACAUUAUUGUGCAAAAUAUCAAGCAACUGAUGCCAAAGCAGUAUGCGCAUCAGCACCUCAUUCAUCCGACUACGCUUGACAACGCAUUCCAGGCGGUAUUCGCGGCGAUAUACGAUCUGAAUGGAAAGCAAAUGUUGCGACGCGGCUGUAUUCCAAGCUCCGUUCGAGAGAUGUGGCUGUCGACGACGGACCUGUCUUCUGAGCCUGGUACGACAUUGCGUUGCACCAGUCAAGCUUCUCCCAGUCUGCACGGUAGCUUUGAAAGUGCAAUCCAAGCGUGGAACCCUUCGAAUCCGAGCGCAAAAGCAUUUUCACUGACCGGAGCUCGACUUGCUCCAUUCAAAUCCGAAAGCAGUGACGCUUCGACAGACGACAGGAGAACGUGCUACUCCAUCGAAUGGCACCCAGAUUUGGCCUUGAUCACCAACAAUGACUUGCAGCAACUUUUACCCAAGUCCACAGACACUCCUGCGAGCUAUGCUAGUCAGUUGGAAUGGCUCAGCAAACUGCAACUAGCCUCGACUCUCUUGGCGAACGACGGUCUUUUGGCCAUUCGAGGGGCGAAAGCCUCUAGCUUAGGAGAUCAGUACACGACUUAUCUCAAACUCCUCCGGAGUAUCGCUGCGGAUCUCACUGUUGACGCUAUUCCAUAUGUGCCUUUGGAAACCUGGUUGAAGUACUCAUCAAAUGCCACGUUGAAAAAGCAGCUCUACCGCGAGGUCGAGGCCAGGAAUCCUGAAGGUGCGUUGCUGAUUAAGAUGGCAUCAAGGUUUUCAUCAAUUUUGCGCAAGGAGACCACGAUUCAAAAGCUUUUGUCUGAGACGGAUGAUCUUGUCUGGGAUUCCGAAAAGAGCAACUUGUCGCGCGGAAACAUUCUCCCUACGCUUACCCAGUUCCUCACUCUUCUGCGCAGCAGCCGUCGCAGCGUUCGCAUCUUGGAUGUGCAGAACCACACAGGAGCUCUCUCUGAACAAGUCCUCAAGAUUCUCUGUGGAGACAAUGAUGCAGAUUUUGUCAACCAAUAUGUCAUUGGAUAUCCCUCCGCCGACGGCUCCGAGGCGCUAAGAAAACGCCUUGCUGCGUGGGGAGAUGUCGUGAGUUACAAAACUCUUGACUUAGGAGCCGAUCUUCUCGAACAAGGAUUCGAGCCCAAAUUCUUCGACAUCAUCAUCAUCGACAAUUGCAUUUGCAGGAUACCCAACAUAGAAUCGACCUUUUCGCGACUGAACUCUCUGGCAAAGCCAGGCGGUCGUUUGUGCAUCCUCCAGGAAAUGCGGCCGGAGUCACUUCACACCAAUGUCUCAUUAGGUUUCUUGCCUACCUUCUUUCAGGAAAUCGAGGGAUCUCUCAAAACCAAUUCAAUUUCUCGCAAGGCCGAUUGGGACAAAGCUCUCCGAAACACUGGAUUCUCUGGAAUUGACUUCGAGGCUUCGACUUCAACCUAUGCCGAAUUCGCUGACUUCAACUUGAUGGUAUCUACCGCCAAGCACACACAUGAAGAAGCUGUUGUGCCCUCCUUGGAAGUUCUUGUGAUCCUCCAGUCUCAUUCGAAAAUCUCUCGCCUACUAACCGGCAAGUUGAUUGAUGCGGGAGUGAAGUUCUCAAUUUGCCAGCUUGGCAUGCUUCGUCCCGAAGACCUAGCAGGCAGAACUUCCAUCUCUUUGCUUGAGGCCGAAGAGCCUAUUCUUAACAGCUUGGAUAGCACUACAUUCCAGGCAGUCCAACAGCUGAUUACUGGCAGUGAUUCCCUGUUGUGGGUCACAGGUGACCCCUUGACGGAGCCCAAGUUUCAAAUGGCGAUUGGUUUGCUCCGCACCAUUCGCUGGGAGCUGGAUCGCAACAAUCUCAACUUGGUCACUCUUUCUCUGGAUGGGGAGGCCACAGGAACACCGGAAGGCAAUGUUGAUGCGAUAUUCCGAGUCUUUGAGCAUCAAUACUUGAGACACGGAGUGGACCCCGGCGGCUCCAAUGCCGAGUAUCGUGUCCGAAGACGAGUGAUUGAAACAAAUCACAUCGUCAAGGACAAAAUUGCAAGCACAGUAAUUCGAAAUCAAUUUGAGCGACCAAAAGCAAUUCUUCAGCAGUGGGACGCGAUUGAACGACCAGUACGGCUAGUCAGUCCCCAGCCUGGAGUAGACAGUCUCACAUGGACCACCGAUGAGGAUCUCUAUGGACAGCCACUUACUCCUCAUGAAAUCGAGAUCGACGUUCGUGCUGUUGGACUAAACUUCAAGGACCUGUUGGUGGCAAUGGGAGAGAUUGACCAGCCAGGAUUUGGACAUGAGGCAGCAGGCAUCGUUGUCGCGGUUGGCUCGUCCGUGAGUAACCUCAAAGUUGGUGAUCGGGUGAUGUGUCUCGGGGAUCCUUCUCCAGGCAGGAUGGGCACCCUGCGUACCCGCGCUCGCCUCCAUUCCGGACUGGCAAUCAAGAUACCCGAAACUCUCAGUUUCGAGAUCGCUGCAGGGCUGCCAAUCAUUUAUGGCACAGUGAUAUAUUCCUUGGGCCAUGUCGCUCGAUUGAGAGCUGGUGAGAAGAUUUUGAUUCAUGCUGCUGCAGGUGGCAUUGGACAAGCAGCCAUUCAAUACGCACGUGUCAAGGGAGCUGAGAUCUUCGUGACCCUUUCGAGCAUUGAAAAGAAGCGAUUCAUCAUGGAUAGCUUCGACAUUCCCGAAGAUCACAUUUUCUCUAGUCGAGACCUGACUUUCUCGAGGGGAAUCAAACAAAUUGCACCUGAAGGAGUGGACGUCGUUCUCAACUCCCUCAGUGGCGAAGCACUGCGACAGUCAUGGACCUGCAUUGCGCCAUUCGGCCGAUUUGUCGAGAUCGGAAAGCUUGAUUUCCAAAGCGGUUCGAAGCUUGAUAUGACUCCCUUCCUGAACAAUAUCACCUUCUCGGGUGUGGAUCUUAACGCUUUGGCUGAGCAGCGCCCAGAGAUCUGCCAAGAACUGCUGCAAGAGGCGAUGCAGUUGUGGUCAAGUGAAAAGAUUCAUGAGGCUCGGCCAACUCUAGUCUCUGAUUACGGUCAGUUGAAAGAGGGAAUGCGUCUCCUGCAGACUGGCAAGAGUAUUGGCAAGAUGACCCUUGUUCCUGGUUCACACCCCGUCUCUGUUCUGCCAGAGCGUCUAACCCCCCUUGAGCUGGAUCCUAAUGCAUCAUACAUACUUGCUGGAGGGCUAGGUGGAAUUGGUCGCAGUAUUGCCCUCAAGUUGGCCAGCUUGGGUGCUAAACACCUCGUUUUUCUUUCACGUUCAGCAACUGUGCAUGAAGCUGGGCGAAACACAAUUGCCAAGUUGGAAGCCUUGGGCUGCACCAGCCAUGUCUUCCAGUGUGAUAUCUCGGAUGACGCUCGUCUCCGUGAAGUUUUUGCAUCCAUCAACGAGACUUUGCCCCCAGUCAAGGGAUGUAUACAAUGCUGCUUUGUGUUGAAAGAUGGAGCUUUCGACUCCAUGGCUCACCAGGACUGGGAGACCGCCCUGGCUCCAAAGGUCUCUGGAUCUUGGAAUCUCCACAAUCUUCUUCCAGAUGUCGACUUUUUCUUAAUGUUGAGCUCGAUCACCGGUAUUGUCGGCAACCGAAGUCAAGCCAACUACAACGCUGGCAACAACUUCCAGGAUGCCCUUGCACGUCACCGUGUUUCCAAGGGAAUGCAUGGUGCUAGUGUCAACCUGGGCGCCGUGGUUGGGGUUGGAUUUGUUGCUGAGAACUCCGAGUAUGCUGGAAAGCACACGUUCAAGAUGGCCAAUCAACAAACUGAAGAAGAGGUGUUGGCUGUGGUUGAGUACAUGAUUGACCAACGUCAUCACACUGCCUUGAGUUCUGAUAGCGCGCAGCUGGUCUGCGGUCUCCGAAACCCAACUUCCUACAGCCUCGGAAACGAAGCGCAACCCAGUCAUUUGCAGUAUCCAAUGUUCUCUCAGCUCCCGCCAGCUCCCCAGGGCUCUUCCGGUGCUAUUGGUGCAGAGGCCGGAAAAUCAGCACCUCUUAUUCGCGAUCAACUCCAGGCAGCUACAACCCAAACCGACGCUGCACAAAUCAUCCAUGAGUCUCUCAGACACAAGAUGGCCAACUUGCUUAAUGUAAGUGAGGAUUCAUUUGAUGACUCUCUCAGCGUCCGAGAGAACGGAGUCGAUUCGCUGAUUGAGAUGGAAUUCCGAACAUGGUUCGCCAAGGAGCUGGGCGCGACCGUGCCUUUGAAGGACUUGGCCAAAGACCUGAAGCAGUUGAGUUCAAAGCUAGUCUUGCUGAGCUCAUUUUCCAAAUUCCAUUGA